AUUCGUCAUUAUGAAUCGCCUUUUUGCCAUAAUAAUUUUAAUUUUAAUUAAAAUUUCCUUUUCUUCCGCCGUGGAUAUCGAUUGUGAUGAAGCCAAAAUAACCUCAAACUAUCAAGGACCGAUUUGUACUUUAUCUGGCUUGAACUACUCUGACCCCGAAGUCGAUUAUAACUUCAAAAUUCGUGACAUUUACGACCAUCGUCAUUAUGGAUAUCGCAAAAGUGUUGAUUUUUUAACGAAUUUCGAGGUAAAAAAUUCUCAAAUGACCGAAAUUCCCCGCCAAAUGUUUCAAACGUACAAAAAUAUGGAGCAACUGAAGAUACAAAGUGCCGGCAUCGAAGAUUUGCAUCGUUUUACCUUCGAAUUUGCCAAAAAAUUAAUGCGCUUGGAUGUUUCGCGGAAUAAUAUUACAAAACUUGAGAAGGGAGCUUUUAAUGGAGCAACUUUAUUAGACUCCCUGGACUUGUCUGCGAAUCAAAUUGAUCAAAUUGACGAGAAGGCGUUCACGGAACUGGCAAAUCUAAAGACUCUGGUGUUAUCGUCGAACAAACUUACGGAAAUUGCCGAGAAGACCUUCAACGUUAUCAAGAAUUUGCGGAAGAUAAAGUUGGAUAACAACGAUUUGCACGAGUUGAGCGGCAAUAUUUUCCUCGGGAAUCAGCAGAUUCGUGAAAUUGAUUUGAAUGGAAAUAAAUUAGCAGUCUUCGACUUGGUGCUAUUUGAUAACAUGCCGAAUAUUUUGAAGUUUGUGGAUGUUUCGUACAAUAUUUUAAAAAAAUUUAGUAUUUCGUGUCAAACUUUUUCUUAUUCUUACGAGACUCCGGAGAACUUGUACCUGAACUUGUCAACGAAUUAUCUCACGGAAUUAGACAUAAGUUCAAAUUUCUCCAUCACUCACCUGUAUUUGGGUUCAAAUAAUUUGACAAGUCUCGAUCCUGUCACAAAAUUAACGCAUUUGGUUGAACUUGAUUUGUCCUUCAACAAAAUCGGGCGCUUAGAGGUCACUUCAUUGUCAAACUUCACUCAGCUAACUUACCUGAAUCUCGAGACGACGGGCAUCAGUAAUAUUGAUUACGGAACCUUUUCGCAUCAAACGAGGCUCAUAACCUUGGAUAUCGCUUACAAUCAACUCAAGGAAAUCCAUUGGCCCAUGUUUGCAUCUCUCACGGAAUUGCAAUCUUUGUACAUUGAUGGCAAUAAUUUAACCUCAAUUAAUCACUUGGAGCUUUUUGAGACUUUUCCCAAGCUUGGGGCGAUCGGGAUGCAAGACAAUCAAUUCAACUGUACAAUGCUUGCGAAGGUCAUCAGUGAAUUUUCGCGCCGAAAUAUUCGAGUAGAUGUCACUGAAGAUGCAAAAGUCACUGACAGAUCAAAUGUCAAAGGGAUCGGUUGCAUGAAAAACGAAAAAGAUCCGAAUUUUUGGCAAGUUCCUGUUCAUCACGUGCAUAACAGCUCCGCAUCUGACGAUACAAAAGCCCUAAGUGAGAAAGUUAAUCACUUAAUUGACAUUGUCAGAGCUUUAAAUGCUUCAACGCAAGAAAAUGAGAAACUUAAAGACGAGUUAAAAACCACUAAAGAUCGUUUAGUUGAGUUAACCUCAAAUUUCUAUGAAACAAAGUCAAGUUUGAUCUCUCAUCAAUUAUCGACUUUAACUAACGGAUCGAAUUUAGAUCAAAAAGAAGUAAAAAAUAUGAUUGAAAUCAUGAACAAUAUGACGCUGGAUCGACAAAAACUCGCUUUGGACAAGGUCAAACAACAACUUGUCGAAUUGGAGUUCGAUGUUCGUAAAAAUUCCGAUAAAAUAGAGACAAAUAAUCGUUUUGUCGCGCUUCAAAAGGAAUCUUUGUCGCCAGUUGUUGCUGCUUCAGUACAAGAUCAUGUCUUCGAUAUGCCCACGAAAUUUAUGAUUUGUGCGAUUUUUAUGAUUUUAACGACGUUUGCGAUGAUCAAAGUAGUUGAAUAUGUUCGAGGACGCCGACACUUCCGCGGCAAUUUUCGUGGGCGAUCAAAUACGCAAAGUACGUUACAUAGCACGAUAGAGCACUCCAUUUGAUUUGUAUUUUAAUAAAGCUUAUCAAUAUAUUCACUCAAGUAUUCAAUAA